CCACAGACCACACCAGUUGUUUGUAAAUAUAAUUGGAAUUUAUUAACUCAAGUAAAUGCAUGUAUAAGCUUAAUGGUUUCCUCAGUUCAAAUGCGUAUGGUUACAAGGUUAAAAGUGUAUUGGUUUCAGUCACUUCUUUAUUACUAGGUUUCACUAUAUAGUCCUAAAAUCUUCUACUUCUCUCUACCUCACAGAAUUCUAACCUACACACUGUGGGCCUUGCUAGACCUACCGCCGAAUCCGGCGGUGAGGAGGGGCCAGGCCGCGCUAGAAGUAGCGCGGCCUGUCGGCCCCGUCUACACCUGAGGCGUGACGGGGCCGAGGGAAGCCCCGUCGCGUCCUCCAUUUCCCCCCCACCUUAAAGCGGCCACGUGCGCAGGAGCGCACCAACGGCCAGACUUGUUGUGAGGAAGAUUCGCCUGUAGCUGUACCUCCAGCUGUGUAAGCUCCUUUUCGCCACAACUCGAACAGACACUGGGCAAAGCUGACUGGGGCUUGUAACGCAUCGCAUUUCCAUGGGGACUGUACCAGAUCCUCUAAGGUCUGCCAAGCUUUCGUUGGUCACAGCUUGCAAGGAGGAAAACAGCCUAAGAGAGCUGCAGUCCCCUGAACACCAGCACAAGCAAGCAAGCAUCGAGAGGAACAGUAAUGGCUACCCCUUCCCUGCCAAGGGGCAACCCUCUGGAGAGCACUUUUUUGAAGUGAAGUAUGCAGCAGAAGCCAACAUUCCAAGGGGUGAGCGGCAUUGUGGUUAUGACACUCAUCAGCCCACCAUGUUUUCUCCUGGAUCCUUGAGUCUCUCCAAAGAAGGCUGCCGGGCAGCUCUGGAGCCAGUAGACCACUCUGAGCAGGAAGCCAGCCAUGGGGACAAAGGCCAGGCCCCAGCAGAAGGCUGUACUUCAGUGCAAGCUGUAGCCAAGGUGCCUGCUAGCCAGGAGGCUGACCAGAACGUGCACAGCGGUGCUGGAGGGCAACUCUGUAGUGGCGUUGAUCAGGCAAGCUCUCCCUCUGGAGAUGUUACGGAGGAUAAAGCCCAUAAUCCUCCUUCUUCUGCUCAUCUAAAUGCCCAGCAAGUAGCUCCAGCAGCAAAGGAAAUUGUGGAUGAAAUGGUUGGUUUUGAAAAAACUCAAGCACUACCUUCAGCGAAGGAAUUGGAAUCUGUUUCUGAUCUUGGGGUGAAGGCCCCUGCUUGCUCAGAUGCAGAAUUGAAGGUGACAAAGGAUACAAGUUCCCAACCCAGUGCUAGGAGUGGGUCAGAGGUUGAAUCCAAAACCAACCUUGAAAGCCCACCUCAGCCUUCGUGCAAUGACGAGACAGCGGAGAAGGCAGUGCCGCAGCCGUCCAAGUUCAAGGACACAGGAACCAUGACAGGGCCACCUGAAGAUGGGUCAGCAGAUGGGGAGGCGAGGAACAGGGCCCGUCGUGAUGCUGAAGUCCAGGCUGUAGCCAGUGUGGAAAGUAAAUCAGCUUCCACCAGCCCAAGUAUCUUGACGGCGUUCUUAAGAGAAAGCAUGCCUUCCGAGGCAAAACAGAAGCAAGAGCAGUUGCACAUCAUUUACACAGGAGCCGGAGGGAAGGAACAGUCUGAAAUUGUUGACAAUUUGGCGGCGCUUGUCCAAACAGUUCCGUCCAUCCUGCCUGAAGUGCGUAUUCAGGCACCAGCUGCAGUAGAGGGGUGGUUGGGAGCUCAGGGUGUCAGGCGUCAAGAUGACCUGGCAGGCACGGGUGAUGCCAUCCACUCAGCUUUGGUGGACAACGCACAGCAUCCAUGCCCACCGGCAUCUGGGAGUCCUCAAGAAACGGCGGUCCAGAGGACAGAAGUUCAAAGAGCAGACAUGGCUGGAAGCCACAGUGAUGUUCCUGUGGACAGUUCAAUUCUGCUGAAGACAAGACCUGUUUACCAGAUUACUGUCAACCCCAGUAAUCAGUCUGUGGCUCCCUCACACCCUGUGAACAUUGAAACCAAACUACCUCCAUCUUCCACUCUCCCAGAAAUCAACAGCAAACAACAGCACCUGGGGUCCUCUGCUAUACAGAAUCAACAGGCAGCCCCGUCGUGUCACAGAGUGUCUGAGAAGACCGACACUGUAACCACCAUGGCCGGUGUUCAUAGUAGCAAUCAGGGGGAGCAGCUGCCAACCAAAACUGUUAGUGAUUUUGAGAUAGGCCCAGAUCGUUCCCAUGUGGAUGUAAAACCAAAGAGGGAAGGCCAGCUCAUCCAUCUCGACCCUAAAGAGCAAGAAGCAAGCAAUACAAGAGCUGCUGCUGGACCCCAGACCAUGUGUGCUCCAGUGACAGCACAGAGAGCACUGAAUGCAUUUCCAGGGGAUAAGAAAGAAGCAACAGCAGCUGGCAGCCGGAAUCUUGCCAUUGGGCUGGAAGCUGAGCCGAGCAGAAAUUCUGUCCCCGGCCUGGGAACCCAGAACAACGAAACUAGGAAGGGACCAAAACUUGAUCAUGCUUCUGCUAAACCAGUGCCAAACCUUGGUGGAAAGAAGAAAGACCUCAAGUCUGCCACCGAGACUAAAGUGCAGUUGAAGCAAUCCAAGCACGUCAGGGAUGUUGUGUGGGAUGAACAGGGCAUGACCUGGGAGGUUUACGGGGCAUCCCUGGACCCCGAAUCGUUGGGGAUCGCUAUCCAGAACCACUUACAGAGGCAGAUCAGAGAACACGAAAAACUGAUUAAGGCCCAAAGCACCCAGACCCGUAAAUCCAUUUCUUCAGAUACGUCUUCAAAUAAAAAACUUAAAGGGAGGCACCAGAACGUUUUCCAGUCCAUGCUGCAGAAUUUCCGACGCCCAAAUUGCUGUGUUCGCCCUGCUGCUUCUGCUGUGUUGGAUUGAAAGGUUGCGAGAUGCGGGUGGGAAGGCGAUGCACAUCCAUUUGUAGCCAUUUGUAUAAAUGUACACGGAAAUCCAUAGCAAGAAGGACCUAAAGCUCAGCGUUGUUGCUUGAGAUUCUGAUACAGUGACUGGGGGAGGCGGUGUGUGGGGUGGGAGGCAGGAAAGGGGAAUGCUGACUACGUCUUAUAUUCCCUGUAGUCAUCACAUCUUACCUACCUUAUUUCUGCAAAUGGCACAUGCAGAUUUUAUGUUUACGUAGAAGCCCGUGACCCCGUCUGUGGCCAAAUGAAAAUAUAAGCACUUAAGGCGCAGUCCUACGCAUGUUAAGACAGGGGGGGAAAUCCUACAACUCCCAGCAUUGCCCAGCCAAUAUGGCUAGCUGGGGAAGGCUGGGAACUGCAGGACAUUUUUCUGUCUAAACAUGCAUAGGAUUACGUCCUUAAUGAAGCACAAUUUUUAAAAUGGCCGAUUUACCGCAACAACCUAUGGCAGUUUUAUAGGCAGAAGAGAGGGAGGGUGUCAGACCCUUUCAAAAAAGUCUUUGCUCUUUUACAAGGUGUUUUAAUAAUGUAGAUAAUAGAAAUUUCAGCAGCUGUCAGAUAAUGUAGCAAAUAUUCCCAAACUGAGGAGAACAAUAUAUAAAUAAUUCGGAAAACCUAAGUUGGGUUGAUCGUGAAAGGGAGCCAUUUUUUCUUUAAUUUAUACAUCGUUUGAGAGGUCUUAAAAAGGUGUCAGAGGAUAUUUGUUUGUAAGCUCUACUAUUCCAGUAGAACGCAAUUGCAGUAGAAUAGCCUUCCCCAUUCUGGUGUCUUCCAGAUGCGCUGCACCACCACUUCCGAAAUCCCCUGGCCAGCACAGCUAUAGUUCCCAGAAUUGCUGGCUGAGAAUUAUGGGAGUUGCAUCUUAACAUAUCUUGAGGGCACUAGAUUGAGGGAAGCUGUAGUAGAAGAUCAUUCCAAGUGCGCGGCCAGAGGAGGAAGUCCAGAGACAAUCUGCCUCACACAUAAAGGGGAAUUGGAACUCCUGCACCAAUAAUCCAUACAAUACUAAAUUAGGUUGUGCCGAAGGUCCUUCAGCUGGGUUCUGCUGUUGGGAAGCCUCUGACAGCCUUGCCCCAAUAAAAGUGCAUAGGACUGGAGUGUAAGGGGCUUAAAAUACCCAAUUCCCAACAAAUUACAAUUGUCUUUUACGCAUUUGGGGACUCCUGUGUGAGAUUUCGACUGUUAUUUGUUCAUUACUGCGCCUUUUUUUCCUUUUUCUUUCUGUGUAACUGGUGUUGUGAAAUACUGUCUUUUUGAGAUGGUACUUCCCCACCGCAUAGUAGUGGAGAAAUGGUUAGGAUUUUCCAUGACACAUGGGAAUGAGAGAGGAUUACAAAGAUUUAAAGUCUAUUCAUGCACGUCGUCAUUUCCAGUGAUAGGAGGAAAGCGACGUCAGCUUGCCUGAGGCAAAAACAUGCGCUCACUUCCUGCAGGCUGCCUGCCAUGAAGAGCGUUUAAUGUCUCUUUCUUGGGAAGAUUAAAAAAAAAGCUUUACUGCACAUUCUAGAGCAGGGAUAGGCAAUAUAGUGUGCAUGGGCAUCAGUGUGCCAUUGGACAUCUUUCUUGGCACCCACUAAGGCGCUGUACCCCUCCCCCCACUUUUUGUGUUUUAAAUUAACACAUUUUCUUCCCAGCAAUGGGAAUUGCUGUGAGAUAGGUUUCUGAUGGUAUUGAAAAUUGUGGGUUCAAAGAGCUGUUCAGUGUAUUGGGGCUCAGGCCACGCCUUUACCUUGUGGCAGGUUACUCAUCCUUUGCCACACCUCCCAUGCUAGCCAUUUUGGGGUGAUGCCCAAGACCAUUUCUCCAAUAGCCAAAUGUGCCCACAGGCCCGCAAAGAUUGCCAAACCCUGUUCUAGAGCAUGGUUGGGGAACUUGCGGCCUUCCAGAUGUUAGGAUACAGUGUCCAUAAUCCCUGCCCUGGGGCUGAUAGGAAUUGGAGUCGAACAACAUCUGGAGCACCAGCCUUGUUCUAGAGCCAGGGUUCUCACUGUAUGUGGUGGGCAUCCCUAGAGACCUGAUGUGGUGAAACUAAGACCAGUUGCCAAAGGAAAUGAGUGUUGAUUGCAUCUUUGGUCCAAGCGUGCCAAUCCAUGACCAUUCAACCAGUGCCAACUAGAAACUGUGCCUUGCCCCUGGUGUUGCUUGUCAGCCCUAUGGGCCAACAGGACAAUGUUGUUACAUUUUUCUCAAGCAUCGCGUUUCCCUACUAAUGCUCCUGGAGCAAGGUGUGAGCAAAAAUAGUUGCUUUGAGUCUCGUCACGACAUCUGUCUAGGGUGGCCACUUAAGGCUUUGCCAAAAAAAGGAGGAAAUGCACCACCAAAAAAGAAGACAAAUGAGAACGCAGAUUUGCAUAAAAUUUGUAGAGAGAGGUGCCAGUUUAGAAACAAUUGCUAUAACUUAAUGAAAAUGUAAUACAUCCCACCAUAAUGAGGAAGAUUAUAAUCAUGUCCUCUAGUUAAAAAAAAAAAGCUGCAUGGCCAACUUACCUCUGUCUUUUUAACCUAUUUGUUCCUAAGUCAAAGGCAAAUGUGAGCACCUCUUCUGACGCUACCUUAGCUGCAUGGAUCCACUCCUACAUCUUCCCCUGUACCACUCCAGUAAUGUCACAAGAUGAGUAACACCAGGUGGGAAUCUCAUUAAUGCAGGUGGGAAGAGCCCAUAAUGAAGUUCCUACCAACAUUUGGGUUGUCCCACUAUCUGGAAGAAACAGUGCCAGGAUCCACAUUGCCAGCCAUUCCUCCAUGUUCUUGGAGUGACACAGAAAGGACAUAUGCUAUGGGGCAGUUGCACUCAGUAGAAUUUAGACAUGUUUUUAUUCUAUAAGGAGGCACAGUGGCCCAGGUCUGAGAACCUAUUAUUGAUAUUGACCAUUUUUUAAAAAAAUCAAUUCCAAAUUAUUUCCCUUUUCCGCCAGCUGGCAGUGGCGCCCUGCUGCAAGGACUCAGUAGAUUAAUUGUUUUUGUAACUCCAGUUGUAUAACUGGCAUUUUAUAGAUCUGGAAGCUGGACUAAGAAAGAAAAAUAAGGGAGAAGGGAAAUUGCAGCGUUCAGAUCAUUAUCCAGCCUUCAUCCAGCUGCCCACUUUAGAGAAGCAAACGUCAUCA